AGUCGAUAACUGUUCGUGCAAGAAGCAUAUUUAAUGAAGAUAAAUUUGUUACAAAAGUUACAUUUAGUUAUUAAGAUUAAAACGAAAAUUAAAGUGCAACUAAACUUGUAGUGAAUUCUAGAGAAAAUAUUAGAAUAACGUCAAAGCAAGUAAAACACAUUGGAAAAGCUUUUGUUCGGAAAAAAAGUUACAAAGAAAAAAAUCAUCCCCACAAAAGCAAGAAAUUACACUACCACAAGUUUAAAGAGUACUUCACAUGUACACCACAGCAAAAAAAUAUAUGCAAAAAAAUCGUAUGUCUACAAUAACAACCAACGAUUCAGUAGUAAUCCUUUCAGCCCACAACUUGCUUGCGAAAUCAGCAAACCAGUCAGUUGGAAAACCUCCAUCAGACAAGCAGUAAUUUAACUACAUAGUCGCCAAAAGGUCUCCAUCUACACACAUACAUACAUACGUCGCGCUGACAUUCUCGCACACAAAUCUACUACAUACAUAUAUGAUUAUCGUUUUGUUGUUAUUGUUUCAAUCACUAUGUUUAUACUGUCAACGCCUUGUCCUGCGUAUACAUGAUCGAUGGAUCAAUCCGAAGAAUUCACGUCUACUCAAGGAAGCCGAUGAGACAUCCUCAGCCGCCACACGCAAGCUUCUGCUACAGCAAUACCACACUGGAGGCUUAGAGCCCAGUAAGCAGACACGUAAACGAACUACCACAUCCGCUUGCGAUGAGCCAUACGGUGCGUGUGGUAUUUUAGCUGAGGCUUGCCGUUUCUGUGCAAACAGUCCGCAGGGUUACUGCCGUCAUCAUUUCCACCUGCAAGAGUUGGAAUUGCAAAAAGCACAAAAAGCGCAACAUCCACAAGACGGCCAUCCGCUACAAUCACAAUAUCGGCCACGUUUCUGGCAGCCACUUUGUGGUGGCAGCAGUUCUACAGCAUUGGAGCAUACAUGGGCGCAGCGACGUCACCAACGCAAAGUGAAUCGCGAAUUGAAACGUAAUUUGAAAAAUCGAUUGUGCGCUACAACGUUACAACAGCAACAGCAACAGCAGCAACAACACCCAAUGCAAAAACAAUAUCAGCUACAACGACAGUAUCUGAGGCGACAGCAAUAUGAGGAGUUUAUGAGGUCAGGAAACGCCGGCAAUAAUAGUAGCAGCAGUUCUAGCAGUGGCAGCCCAUUGUGGGAUACGUCCACAUCGAAUUCGUCCAGCGGCUGUCAAUCACCGUUCGCUGCCGUAUACAAUGUAAAUGGCUCGCUUUAUGACAUUAGCACAACCGAUUCUGGCUUAGCUACCUCCAUAGAAAGUAUUGCCUAUAACGGUGCUGAGGACCAGGAAACAGUCGAGCAACUUUCGCCAGUUGGGGGUGUGGAGCUAGCGCCAGCUUCAACAAUAACUACAACAUACCUCUAAACAUAAGACGUUAGCGAGAAAGGGCAAGAAGGAGUCAACGAAAUACAGAAUUUUCAGUGAGCGCAAACAUCAAAAUCUUUAGGAAUCCUUGCCAUUGAAGAAGCCCAUUGGCUGCAACGGGCGGCAGAAAAAU